ACGGACUUUCCCCUUUCCGUUUCUUGUUCUAAGAAACAAAGAAUUCAGGGCGCAGGGCCCGAGGAGCCCAGAUAAAAGUCAGGAACAACCGAGUUGGGCUUUGACCUCUGGAGCUGUGGCGGGCUGGCAUCUGAGCUGGUAACGUGCGUGGAGGGUUAUGUAAGGAAAGGACUCGAGGAGCCGCCCCAGCGGGAGCCGGAGAGAGGACGCGGUGUUCUCGGCAGCAGUCCCCACCCUCCUCACCCAGCAGGGCAGGAGGCACCCAGCUUGCAGGAGGAGGAGGAGGGGAGGGUGAAACAGAGACCAGGGAGUCACGAGGGGUGAGCCGCCGAGACGGGGAGAGGAUAUACAGUGGCACACAUCCAUUCUCUCACACACGUUGCUGACGCAACUCGCUGAUGGUUUCCACGUGCUGCACUCGUGAGAUGAGGCUCUAAAAGAGGGGGCAGAGGGGUCGGCUCCAAGGAAGAGCCAGGAGUCCCACGUCUCGAGGCUCACUCCUCAAGUCGCACAACCAGUCUGCACACGCCAGUUGCACCGCUCCAGGCGCGCCACCACCCUAUUUAAGGCCACAGGCUCCGCCCUUUCCCUCCCCUCCCUUCUUUUCCACUCUUUUUCCGUCCUCCUCGUUUUCUCACCACGGGGUCCUCCUCGCUAGCCGCAUGUAGGGGCGGAGCACGAAAUGCUUACCUUCCAACCAAUCGUCACCUGACUGCCUCUCUAUUGGCCGAGCCCCUGUAUGCUGUAGCAAAUGGAAUGUGAACUUCAGUGACGGGAGUCACGUGCCACCGGCUAGACAACCAAUGAGGAUGCGAGGCAACGACCCAAGGUUUCCAGUAACGGACGAACAGCAUCUCGCUCGGAACAGCGGGUCUUGGUUUCUUCUAUGUCAGGAUCUGGGGUCAAAAGAUCAAGAGACGGUGAACUGGAAAUCUGUCUAAACAUCCAGGGGUGUACCACAGAAGGAGACCUGCUCUUUGCUCAGAAGUGUAAAGAGCUCCAAGGAUUCAUACGCCCUCUCACAGCCUUACUGAAUGGGCUGAAGAUGGGUCGAUUUGAGAGAGGAUUGAGCAGUUUCCAGCAGAGCGUGGCAAUGGACAGGAUUCAGCGUAUUGUAGGUGUUUUGCAGAAGCCACAGAUGGGAGAGCGUUAUCUAGGAACUCUGCUACAGGUAGAAGGGAUGUUAAAGACUUGGUUUCCUCAUAUAGCUGCCCACAAGUCAUCGCUGGAUAGUAGUAGGCACCAGCUGACCCAGCAUUCUCCAAACCACCACGGUUACCCAAUUGCAUCUUCUUCUACACCUUUCAUGGAAAAGAUGGACCAGACACAGCUAGGGAAGCUAGUAUCGAAACCAAAGCAGCCUUGGCACCUCACUGAAUGGCCAACUAUGAAUCUCACUUGGAUCCACACCACUCCAAUUUGCAAUCCCCCUCUCAGUUCUCCAGGUACCAUCUCCUUUAGCCAUGGUCCUGUAGGCACUGGAACCAGCAUUGGUGUCAUCCUUUUCCUCCAGCAUGGAGAACAGCCCUUCACCCAGUCAGCUCCAGUCACUCCAGUUCCAUCUGCUGCAGCAUCUCCUGUCAUCCCUGGUGAACCUAAGAAACUAUCUGGAGAGGGGCCUUGUUGCCACAAUUUGCCAGUGACUCUGCCAUCAGACUGGAGCUGUACCCCACCCCCUCCUGGCCUACCCACCAUAACUGGAGCGAUGACCAUGGGACACCUGGAGCAGAUGGGAAGCCAGUCACCAGCUGCUCCUGAUGUCUACCCUCUCAACCCCUAAUCCAGGACUUGACAUCGUAGUUUCUAAUUUGUGUAAAUAGAUGUCUUCCUGCAUUUUUUUUUUUUACUUUUAAUGUGUGUAUCUGUGUUGAGGGAAGAGAAAUCCUUUCUGAUUAAAGAAAUUUUAUACUAAACAGUUUGCUGAUUGGGGGAAAUUUAAACCUUCUGCCUCCAAUAACAAUAUUUAUCCUCUGAGCUGAACAGAAAAAUGAGGAUGGGAAUGUUUGUGAACAUGCGCUCACCAGAUUAGAAGUCUGGAUGGGACAAUAUACGUCCUGUGGGAGAGGAAAUGGGACUCUCUGUUGCUAUCUUUUCUAGGGAAGAUCCUUGAGGCAGUUAUAGGGCUCAGAGUUGGGUUUGUUCUUUCAUUCAGGCUCAGAGACUAGUACCUUUCCCUUUGUGUCUCUCACUCUUGCAAUCUUCCAGUUGGCCCAGACUAGCAGGUUCUACUGCUCUGGGGUAGCCCUUUGCUUCGUUGCGAGCUGUUGGCGCUUGUGGAUAAGUGCAUAUGUAAUCUACUGCUGCCAGAGGAGAGGUACAAAAGCCAGAACAGCCUUUGUGAUUGCCAGUUUUGAAGAGGAAGGGGUGCCUUAAAUCUGUCAGAAUGGGAAGUCCCCUCAGAUACUGGGCCUCAUCCUUAUUCAAAAAGCUGCAGCUGCUAAGUGGGUGCUACCCAGUGUCAUCAGGAGGCAAAAAUGAAGUCUGUGAAUUUACCUAUAUCUACCCUUUUCCAUGUAUUACUACUUUCUGACUUGUCUCAGUUUCCACCAAAACCAUGUCAUCUCCUAUCCUAAGCCUUGGCAAUGUAUCAGACUACUCAGUCAUUUUACUAACUGCUUAUUGGCUACUUAACAUGUUUCUCUUAGCUAGUUUUACAUCUUUCACCUAUUUUUCAAGUCCUUUGUUCUCAGUGAAUUAUUGUCUCCUUUUAUGUCAGACAGCAUGACCUCCUUUCUAAGGCGAACUUCUCCAUUUGUGUUUUGAUUACCUUUCACCUCUGGAACUUUUGCUGUAUCACUUAUCCUCUCUUUUUCUUGUAACAUCAAUUUGUUAUUGAAUUGUUUAUUCUUUCUUUCUCCUACAAAUGUGAUCAGGUCUCUCCUUCUUGAGAAAUCUCUUGAGCCUGAUUACCCUUUCUCAUCUUUUCUCCAUAAUUCUUGACACAGUAGUCUAAUUGUACUCUUUCUCCUUUCUACCACUCAGUCCUUAAACUCUUGCAGCCUAGCUCUACUACACUUUCUUAAGUUACCAGUGAUCUUAUAGAAUCAGAGUAUUAUAAUGUAGCUUCCUCCAUCCAAUCAGUAGCUAGGUCCAGGGGCCUUUACAAAGACUAUGCACUUCAUACUCUCUUAUCAUUUGACGCUCUUGGUAAAGCCUACUGAAACCCUCCUCCCUCAGAUCCCAUGACAGCACACUAUCCCAAUUCUCCUCUUACCAAUCUGGCAACAACUUCUAGGUCUCUUAAUAGCCUCACUUCUGCCCACUCCAGAGUGUAGGUGUUGCCCUAGGCUCAGUCCUUGGCUUUUUUCUCUGACUACAUUCUUUCACUUCAAGGUUUCAUUGUCUUUCAUGGCUCUAAUUAUUGCCUCAACUUAGAAGACAGCUGAAGCUUUAUCUCCAGUCCCAACCUUUCCCCUGAGAUGGCAUACUGAAUGUCUCCAUUUCUGCUGGAUAGUUCCAUUUACAUGUUAUUAACACUUAAAACUUAUCUAAAAUUGCAGCAUUUUAGAGCCAAGAGGGUACCAUUUGUAUUUAAUUCAACCCCUUCAUUUUAUAGAUGAGGAAACUUAGGGAACUUGUGUAAGACAAUACAAUGUAUUAUACAGAACUCUUGGUUUCCAGCCAGGUGCCUUUUCUGGUGUUCACCAAUCAAAAUAUUAUCCUUCCUUUAGAGAUGUCCUAUUCUGCUUUUUUACAGUCUCUUUUUCUUCUGUUGAUACUAUCGAUGGUACCAUCAUUUUUGUAGAUAAUGAGGCUUAAAAUGUGGUGCUAUUUAUAGUCACCAAAUACUUUUUAUUCUGUGUUUGGAAUGUUUCUUAAAAUCCAUUUCUUUCUGUCCAUUCCAUUGCCACCUCCCUGGUCUAAACCUUGAUUAUGGCAAUAACCUCUCUUCCUUCUCAUACUUUCUCACUGGUAACUAGAUUAAUUUUCCUGGAACAUUGCUUUGCAUGUCAUUUCCUAUUCAUUGGCUCUCCAGUACUUUGAGAAGAAAGUCCAAAACCUUUAGUCAAGAUCUCUGUUUCUUCCUCUGCUCCCCUGCGUAAUUUUCCUGUUCCAGUUUAUUUAUUUGCCCCUUAACACUGUAAGCCUUUUUGCCUCUAAACUCUUGUUCAUGCCGUUCACCUUGCCCAGCCUUUCCUGCUUCUGUUAACUAAACCCUGCCCUCUUUUCAAUGACUAACUCAAGUCCUUCCCCCGAUUAUUCUCCCACUAAACAUGAUAUAUGCGCUUAGUCUUUGGCCCUUUACUCCAUCAAAUGAAAUCAGUUAUAUAAAAUGCCUAGUACAAAGGUUUGGUAUAUAGUAGGCUCUCAAAAAUGUUACUUUUCUCCUUCCUUUCUUUCAAAGUGUUUUUUUAAAAUAUGGAGUGCUUCACGGAUCUGCAUGUCAUCCUUGCACAGGGGCCAUGCUAAUCUUCUAUCAUCUCAAUUUUAGUGUAUGUUCUGCCGAAGCGAGCACCAAAGUAUUUUUAUAUUUUAUCCCAUUUGAUUCCCAUGACAAACUUUGUGUGAUUAAAAGCCACUAUUAGUUCCAUUUUACAGAUAAGAAAAUAGACUGAUAGUUUAAGUCAGGGGUCAGCAAGAGCCAGACAGAUACAUGCUUUGUGGGCUAUACAUCUCUGCUGUAACUACCCAUUGUAGCCCAAAGCAGCCGUACCUAAUACAUAAACAAACGGCACAAGCUGGAUUUGACCUGGAGGCAGUACUUUGCAGACUACUGGUUUAAGGUCAUACACCUGAUGAGUAUCAGAAUUUGGAUAGAAUCCAGAUCUCCUGAUCCUCAACCCAGUGCUUUUCCACCAAUUUAUGCUGUUGCCUAUGUAAUUUAUUUUGCAUAUGCUAUCUUGUUUUACUAUUUAUCUUUUAUGGCUACUUAUUGUCUUUUGGUAGUCCAAGAGAUACUAGAGUGGUAUCAACAGUU